UAACGAUAUACUAUCUUGUCAAUACAAGGUCUUUGACGCGUUAGUACUUCCGGUGUUACGACCCCGUCUUUUCCAUGUGAGUCUAGAUGUUUGGUGGUAAAACCUUGUUGUUUUACCUUUUAAAAUGUAAAUUAGAAUAAAACAAUUCCUUAUUUCAGCGGUAAAAGACAACAGAAAGCUUCGACUGGGAGAAAUGUGUUACGGUAUCCGAAAGAGGUGAACAUUAACAGAGUACAAGUAGAGUCCCGUGUGUCCGUGUACUGAAGCCUCCUGUGAACAUGGCGUUGUACGUAAAAGCCGCCGAGAUCCUGCAAAAAGCCGAGAAGAAACAGGGCGCCCUGAAGACUCUGGUUUACGACAGUAAGUUUGCGAACAUCAAACAGUUGUUCGCUCUGGUCUGCGAGACGCAGAAGUUCUCCUCCAUCCUGCAGGAGAUCAUCGCCUCCACCAAACUGCUCAAACUGACCGGGCUGAAACCGCACCUGGCCCAAGUGUUGGUCUACGACCUGAUCAUAGGUCAGGGGUUGAAGUGCGGCGGGUCCUGGAAGGCCAUGUUGAUGAAGCAUCGGUCCCGGCUGCAGGCGGAGCUGGCCCGCAUGAAGGUGAAGCAGAAGGUCAGCAGGAACCAGGACCUGCUCCCGGCCAGCCUCCAGCAGUCCGCCGCAGACCUGCUGCCCAGGUAUGUGCGAGUGAACACCCUGAAGACCACCGUAGAAGAUGCUGUGGACUACCUGAAGAGAGAGGGCUUCUUGUAUCUGGGUCAGGCCUCGAGGCUGGAUGACUUAAACCUGAAGAAGAAAGCCUUUGUUCAGGACCUGCAUCUACCGGAGGUGCUGGUCUUCUCUCCUAAAAUGGACUUCCAUGACCACUUCCUGUACAAGGCGGGUCACAUCAUCCUGCAGGACAAAGCCAGCUGCCUCCCAGCCCACAUCCUGAACCCCCCACCUGGCAGCGUGGUCAUUGACGCCUGCGCCGCGCCGGGAAACAAAACCAGCCACCUGGCCGCAAUCAUGAACAACAAAGGCCAACUGUUCGCUUUUGACCUGGACGCCAAGCGGCUGGCCACCAUGUCCACUCUGUUGCUCAGGGCGGGGGUCACAUGUCAGCAGCUCGCCAACCAGGACUUCCUGACAGUGGACCCUGAAAGCCCACAGUAUAAAGACGUGGAGUACAUCCUGCUGGAUCCGUCCUGCAGUGGAUCAGGUAUGGUGUGCCUGAGGGACAACUCCUCCUCCGCUGAUGUGGAGAAGGAUCAGGCUCGUUUGGCGUCCUUGGCCUCGUUCCAGCUCCGAUGCCUGAACCACGGCCUCAGGUUCCCCCGUCUGAAGAGUCUGGUCUACUCCACCUGCUCCAUCCACAGUCAGGAGAACGAGGACGUCAUUUCUGCCUGUCUGCAGCAGAACCCCAGCUUCAGGUUAGUUCCUCUGUUGCCUCAGUGGCCUGAACGAGGUUUGGAACCAUUCACUCAGUGUCUGAGAGCCAGUACCAGUAAGACCCGGACCCAUGGCUUCUUUGUGGCUCUGUUAGAGAAACGCAGCGAGUCAGAGCCUGUGGACCAGGAACCAGCAGUUCAGAUCAGCAGUUCAGAGGUGACGUCACACAGUCCACCUAAAGGCGAAAAGAGACCUGCACCUUCACCAGAGGAAUCUGAAGCCUCAGACACUGAGGAGAAACCAGAACCUGCAGCCGAACAGAUGAACGACGCACAAGCAAAGAAGAGGAGGAAGAGGAAGAAGAAGAAGAAGAAGAAGGCGGCUGCUUCAGCAGAGUGAUCUGUCUAAAAUGGACUUCUGGAACAUUCUCAUUUUAUGUUAAUGUAGACACUGUUUGAUUGUUUCUGAGAAGUAAAACACCUUAUUUUGUGUCAAUAUUUUUGUCACUUACUGUCUUAUUAAUAUGAUGCAUUUAACGUUCGAGGGAAAACUGGUAACACAAUUUUAUCCAUUAAACAACAAUUUUAACAACUGA